AUGGCGACACUCUUCAUGCCGUUGAGCCUCUGCAGCAACCGAAGCGCCGUCCUUAAUCUGGCAGCUAGUGGAGCAUCUUCGUCGGCAAUUGGCAAAGUCGCCCGUAUCAAUGUCAAUGAUAUUGUUUCGCGAAAUAUCACGAUGGUGCUGGAGAAUCUUCUUAUGAACUACGAGAACAGCCAACUGCCCACUCAUGGAAAAGGAAUACCUACAGUAGUAAAGACGAAUAUUUAUAUACGCAGUAUGGGCCCCAUAUCGGAACUCGACAUGGAUUAUUCAAUGGACUGUUAUUUUCGCCAAUACUGGCGCGACUCUCGACUCAGCUUCUUGGGCCCAAUAAAGUCACUAAGCCUUAGCAUCAAGAUGCUCGAGAGGAUUUGGCGACCGGAUACUUACUUUUACAAUGGGAAACACAGCUACGUGCACACCAUCACCGUACCCAACAAAUUACUAAGGAUAACUCAAGAGGGCGAUAUUCUCUACUCCAUGAGACUGACCAUCAAGGCGAAGUGUACGAUGGAUCUGAGGAAUUUCCCGAUGGACCGACAGUCUUGCCCCCUGAUUCUCGGAAGCUACGCCUACACUUCCGGCCAGUUGGUAUACGAGUGGCAGGACAACUCGAGCGUCAACUUCGUGCCGGGCAUGGCGCUGUCUCAGUUCGACCUCAUGGGAUAUCCUUAUCGGAACCUCACCUUCGUAAGGCGCGAGGGCGAAUUCUCGGUGCUCCAAGUGUCCUUCAAUUUGCAGCGACACACCGGAUACUUCUUGAUUCAAGUGUACGUCCCGUGUGUCCUGAUAGUGGUGCUCAGCUGGGUAUCAUUUUGGAUUCAUCGCGAGGCUACGAGCGAUCGCGUCGGCUUAGGAAUCACCACCGUCCUCACGCUCUCGACAAUUAACUUGGAUUCGAGGAAAGACCUUCCCAAAGUCAAGUACGCCACGGCUUUGGAUUGGUUUCUCCUUAUGAGCUUCGGCUACUGUAUCGCCACCCUUUUGGAAUUCGCCGGCGUGCAUUACUUCACUAAGGUCGGCAGCGGCGAGUUUCCACUCGACGAGGGGUUCAUCGAAGAGGAGGUAGAGGAGGACAAGGAGAGCGAGUGGGAGGACGUCGGACAAGACGUGCCGGAGGAGCUCGAGAAAGACGAUUUCCGCACGAUCGGCGAGCCCGCGGCCACCUGUCCCCAGCAGGUGAUGCAACCGGCCAACGGCAGCGGGGCAGUCGAUGUUACAACGAGCGCCACCUCCAGACGACGCAGUCCUUCCCUCUUUUGCGCCCUUUACAAUGAUCAAGUAUACAGUCUGCCAGAGCCACGACGUUCGAUAACCAUCACCGUAAGUAGCAAACCAUCGACAAUGGAGAGGCAGACGCAGACGGAGGUUUGGCUACCAAAAUGGCGACAAUUUCUCUAUUGCCUGAUGGGCGACAUGGCAUUCAGGAAGCGGCGCCAGAUGGAAGCCGCGGAUGGGUGUCGGAAGCAGGGAGAGAGAGUCGAGCGAUACAUAAACAGCGUCUCCCACAUCGACAUAGUGGCGCGAAUCGUCUUUCCUGCCUCCUUCACGAUCCUCAUCGUCUGCUACUGGAUGGUCUACGUCACUUACCAGGAGGAGUUCAAGUGGCAAGACCCACCGAUGGGCUCGGCGUCUCAUCGAUAA